AUGCCCAUGCACCCCGUCACUUCCACUUUGAUGUACCGCGGGAUCUGCACCAUUCCGGACAUCCUCUCGUACCGGACACCGGUCAACCUACCUGAGGAUGAGGUGGAGGAGAUCCGGGAGGCGUUUAAGGUGUUCGACCGCGAUGGGAAUGGAUUCAUCUCUAAGCAGGAGCUGGGCAUGGCUAUGCGCUCCCUGGGCUACAUGCCCAAUGAGGUGGAGCUGGAAGUCAUCAUUCAGAGACUGGAUAUGGACGGAGAUGGUCAGGUGGACUUUGAGGAGUUUGUAACCCUUCUUGGGCCAAAGAUCUCUGCCGCAGGAAUGCCUGACAAGUUCAACGGCACUGAUUUUGACUCUGUCUUCUGGAAGUGUGACCUGCAGAAGCUGACAGUGGAUGAGCUGAAGCGCCUUCUGUACGAAACCUUCUGUGAUCACUUGUCUAUGAAAGACAUCGAGAACAUCAUCAUGACCGAGGAGAACCACAUCGAGAACCCUGAGGACUGCCAAGUGGACAUCGACUCAUCGAGUCCGACCCAGCAGGUAAAACAGACGUGUGUGAGGAAGAGUCUGAUCUGCGCUUUUGCCAUCGCUUUCAUCAUCAGCGUGAUGCUGAUCGCGGCCAAUCAGGUGCUCCGCAGCGGCAUGAAAUAACGGUGGCGUCCAACCAGAAACUAGAGACCGUUCACCACUGAUCCGUGACUGAGAACAAUGUGACAAACUGACGUUACCUGGCAGUGCUGUGAUUCAACCUGUGAUUCAAUAACUGCUCAAUGGAAUCGACUACACCUAGAGCUACAGCUGAAAAAAUAAAUAAACAAAUAAAUCACGGCAUGACAAACUGUAGCUCGUCUCUGGGCCUUCAUGUCUGUAUUGAGCUCUGAAGAUGCAUGGAAA